CAAUUUCGGGAGAUUUCCAGAAAAGAGUAAUUUUCAAUCCGCGUUCUUCUACUCCUUCUAUGAUGAGAUAUUUAGUAGAUAAGAAGGCGUAUUCCUAGGAAUGGAGCCACACCCAGAUGUUCAUCACUUUCUGUAUAUUUUAUGACCAGAUGAUUGGAUGUCGCACAAUGUCUCCGAUUGAGAUAUUUUAUCCAGUUGAUUGAUUUUAAACACGAAAAACGAAACUUUUUUUUUCUUCUUAAUCAAAUCGCAUUUUAGUUUUAGAAGUGAUGAAAGAAAGACGUCGAUGACACGUAAAACAAAGGUUAUGCAUGGAGGAAUUUGGGCUAUCUUCCUUUUACCAGUUGCUUUUUGUCUGAGAAUCAUUAACUAUCACAUACCAUAUAGUUAUCCAGUGAAUCACGACGUUUCAAUGAUGUGUGAGUAUGAUUUAGAAGGAGAUGCUUUGUAUGCCAUUAAAUGGUUUCACGAAAAUCAAGAAUUCUACAGGUUUUGCCCAGAAGAGAUACCUAGCACGAUGUUCUUUCCAACCAAUGAUAUUAGACUAGAUAUCAGCCGCACAACGAACACAUCUGUUGUUUUGAAGCGACUCAAACGAACAAAUGCCGGCAAAUAUCGAUGUGAAGUGUCGGCCGACGCACCUCAUUUCAAGACUGCAUCCGUUGAAUCGUUUUUGAUUGUUGGAGAUUUUUUUAAUGGACAAGAGAUGACAGUUUUCACGUUCUCUACACUCUUUCUAUUACCUACUAUACUUUAUAUGAUAAAAUAAAAUUUUUGAUUGGUUUCCAUUUUAUUGAA